AGCCAGGCAACAUCGAUGAAGAUUAUAAUGAAAAUGAAGUGAUGGAAAGUAGUGAACUGGAUGAAAAUGAAAAAAAGGAACGUAAUGUAUCAGAUGAAGAAAGAGAGGAUAGAAUAAGCUUGGUUUCAAAGGAAUACGAUAGUGAUGAUAGUGAUGAGUAA